UACUCGCAGUCCUUGAUAAUACGGAGUAUCAAGAACUAAAAACAUACGGAAAUCUAAUUACGACGGAUGAAACAUAAAACUCUAAAUGCAGGAGCUAGUGUCUCAGAUACAAUAGUACAGAUAGAUACAUCAUGCCCCUUACCAAUUAGGUAAAGAGCUGAGCAUCCUUCAUCCUAUUCCAAACUACCAGUGUUUCAAGUCCUUGUCAAUGCCUCAUCAUCCUCGUAUACUAUCAAGAUGCAAUACAAAAUUCUAGCCUUGUAUACUAAUUCCUACUUAAAGUCUAAAAAAUUUCCCAUAUGCAUUUUGGUGCAAAGGAGACUUCAACAGUUAUAUUACUUCUAAGUAAUCACACUUGAAGAAUAAUCCAACCCCACCAUUUCCCAGGAAAAAGAUCAGUGAACUCUAAGCCAAGAAAUCAAGUAUGCAUAUAUAUCCAUUUUAUGCAGCUUAUCUAGCACAUAGAACCUACAAAACCUCUAAUAAAAUAAUCUAACCUCAAAAUGUUUAGUUCAUGGCAUGUCAUCUCAUAUUUUCUCUUUGUUAGCUUCAAAUUUUGCCUAGCAGACAAUGAUAACCUCCAAGAUAUCUGCCCAGCAGCCACCCCAACUUCAAAAACUUGUCACACCGCAAUUUUCAUCAAUGGCCUUCCCUGCAAAAACCCAGCAAAUAUAACAGCCUCAGAUUUCAAAACCUCAUACCUCAAACAAGCUGGGGAUACCUUUAACUUCCUUCGAUCCUCUACAAACAUAGUGACUGCAGCCGAAUUCCCAGGCCUCAACACCCUGGGCCUCGGAAUGGCUAGGACUGAUUUGGAGGUAGAUGGUAUCGUGACCCCACACUCUCACCCUCGGGCUGCAGAAAUACUCUUUGUAAGCAAAGGGGUUGUUACAGUCGGGUUUAUUGACACCAAAAACCAGGUGUUUCAGAAGGUUCUAAAAGAAGGUGAUGUGUUCAUUGUCCCAAAGAGUAUGCUCCAUUUCUGCUUCAAUGCUGGAUUUGAGUUUGCCACCAUUUUUUCUGUCCUUAACAGCCAGAACCCAGGUCUAAUUGACAUAUCAGGGGCCGUGUAUGGUUCUAGCUCUGAGGCUGCCACAAAAAUGAAGGAAAGAAUGGCAUCUUUUUCUUCUCAGAAGGCUAAUUAUGACACCUCCCAAACAACAAUUUCACAACACACAGAAUUAUAAGAUGGGCUUAAUUGCAAUGUAUAUUAAUCAUCUUGCGUUUCUUUUCUUGGGGUGUGCUUGUAUGAAAGUGCGCAUCUCCCAAUGUAUAGUAUAAUUAUGGCUUGAAAUUGUAAGGUUGAAUUUGUAUGCCUAAUUACAUUUUUUACAGAUAUAAGAGGACACAAAUUUUUUACUCUCUGUAUCUUACAUACGAACAUGACAUUCUCCAAACCCACUUUGCAGCAUGGUGAUGGAAGAUAAUGAAAAGCAACAGCCUGGUAAGAAUAUCUACAAAGGGAUUGAUGUGCAGUUGCACGUACCCCCUGUUAAACUUGGUGAAACAACUAGAAACUCUUCUUAAUCCCCUCCAAACCUCAAUCAGGGGCAUGUUUGCCUGUUUGAUCAAAGGGCUAUAUUUAAUUGACUAUAGCACCAUAGAUCCCAAUGAAAGAGAGCUUCAUUGACUAUGGUACAGGUUAUGAACCUUAAAUUAAUACAACACAUGAAACAUCAUACUCCACCACACCACCAGUCAAUUUCAACAACUUCAUCUAUCCUACUAUGUGUGACUUUGAAGACCCAUAAUCAUAAACUUCACCCAAGUCUUGGAGGUGGCUUCGUUGUCAGAAAAUCUCUCUAAAACUAGCUAAUUUUCCAUCCAAAGUUCUAUCAUACUUUGUAUAUUUACCUUGACCCUAACUCAACAACCAUAUACAUUUUUUAAAAAAAAAAAAAAAAAUCGCAAAUUGAGGAGAAACAAAAGGGAGAAUUGUCACCAUCACCAAUUAAUAUUUUUUGUCAAGCAGACACGUUAAUGCUUAUGUCCAUAUAUUAGCCACUGAAUUAACAGUUCUAACCAUCAAACUUCUAUUCAGAAGAUGACCAACAGCCAUAUAUUACAAUAAUCACAAAGAUGGAUACCAACUGACAAGAUCUGAGGAAACCAUGUUCAGCAUAAUCUCAAACUUACCAGGUCAAGACUACAAU